CUGGAGCAGCAGAUGACUCUGUGGGAGGAGAGAGAGGAGAAGGUGGCGGAACAACGGAGGCUACAGGAGCAGCAGGAGCAGAGGCAGAAGCCCCAGGCCAAGAGGGCAGCUGUGGUGAACUGGUGGAGAACCCUUAAGGUGGAGGGGGGUAGGACCAAGGUCAAGCCGGAAGACACCCUGACCCAGCCCAGCAAGACCCUCACUGAUACAGAUUCCAAGCUCCAACAGGCAAAGCACACCAUCACAAAGAUUAGGGAGCAGGUAUGCCACCUUGAGUCAGCUCUGAGAACUGCCCAGGAGGACGUAGCUGAGCACAAAUACAUUCAGGACAGGGUGGGUGUUCUUCACAAAGACAAGAAGACCAACACGGUGAGAGAGGGACCUGGCUGGACUGGGGAGGAGGCAUCAAAGGAGCGUAAGGACGUGGCUGUGGCUACAGACCAUGUGGAGGACCCAGGUAGAUCAGAGAAGGUAGCAGCCCAGCUUGUGACCUCAGAGGGUCUGCUGGUGACCCUCAGGAGGAUGGAGGCCAUGGUCAGCAUUGCCCUGGAGGCAGCUGAGCUGGUCAGGGAGAGUCAGCGAAGGGUCAGCCAGGUCAAGGAGAGGAUGGAGAGUAUCACUCAGAAGAUGGAGGAAGCUCUGACCAGAGCAGCGAACACAGAAGAUCAGCUCAGUGCCCUGGAGGCCAGGGUCACAGCCAAACCUCAGUUGCCAGGUCCUAUAGGGCAGACAGCCCAGCCUGGUGUUGAAGCUAUAGGCAGAGAUAGACCCAGGAAUCCCUCUCCACCAGAGCCUAUGACCGAAAGCUACAGCAAGUCUAGAUGGCCCCUUAUAAGCGGUAUGAUGAGACUACGACUACUGAAAUACAGGGCAAACACAGCAUUUGUAUGUCACUGA